CUGCUUGCAACAAUGGCUAUGGCUAGAUUACUAGCUGUUUUGAUCUUGGCCCUCAUUGCCACUUCCAUGCUUCAAACAAUGGUCUUGGCAUCUCAUGGACAUGGAGGACACCACUACAAUGACAAGAGUAAAUAUGGACCUGGCAGUCUCAAGAGCUACCAAUGCCCAUCACAAUGCUCGAGGAGGUGUGGCCAGACUCAGUACCACAAGCCCUGCAUGUUUUUUUGUCAAAAGUGUUGUAUGAAAUGCCUGUGUGUGCCCCCAGGGUAUUAUGGGAACAAAGGUGUGUGCCCUUGUUACAACAACUGGAAGACCAAGAGGGGAGGACCCAAGUGCCCUUAAGUU